AUGGCGGAGGAUGAUGCGCCCAUAUUACCGCUCCCACCAGAAGUGGCAAAAAAGGUGCAAUCCUCCGUGAGGAUAACGAAUCUGAAUGAAGUCGUCGUGGAAUUGAUAAAGAAUGCACUAGAUGCUGAUGCCGGGUCACUCAACAUCACCAUAGACUACAGAAGAGGUGGCUGUAUCGUGGAAGACGACGGAUAUGGGCUGCCGGCAGCAGAGUUUCAGGCUGGCAGUGGACUUUGUCGAGCUCAUUAUACCUCCAAAGCUGGUCGGCAGUCAGCAUCAAGCUACAAGGGACUGUUUCUAUCUGCGCUAGCCACCAUGUCACUUUUAAUAAUUAGUUCGCGGCAUCACAGUCAGCCCCAGACCAAUACAGUUAUCUUUCACGAGUCUAAAGUCAUUUCCCGCCUUAUGCCUGCUCCCACGCAUCAAGAGAUACAGGGAAGCCAUGGCACCAGAGUCACAGUGAAUAAUCUUUUCGGUAACAUGCCUGUUCGGGUUAAGCACCGAGCAUCUACUCUGCAUAGGCCGGAAGAUAUCGACAAAGAGUGGGAGGAGCUGAAAAGAAUGAUAGUAGCACUCGCUCUGUCCAAUGUACGACUUCAAAAACUACGCCUUUCCGAUAGAGAUAGAACCCACACAUUACAAAUCCGCCUCCCACAUGUUCCCGCAGAUGUUCCACAAUCAGAAGCCGCCGAAGCCGAAAUCUUACGCCUGCAAACUAUCUUUGCGCAAUCGGGCUUGAUUACAUCUACUGGAGCUAAUGAAUGGGUGCGCAUGUCAGCGAACACAUUGGAAGUUGCUGUUAAAGCAUACGUUGCACUUUCCUCUAGCCCUACGAAGUUAUAUCAGUUCAUUUCACUGGGGAUAAACCCCGUUUAUAAUGCACAUAGCAACACCAAUGUCUUAUAUAAUGAGAUCAACCAGGUCUUCACGGCCUCCGAUUUUGGACUAAGCGAAAGGUCAUUUGAAACUAACAGGGAUUCAGGCACCCUCGAAGGGCGUGGACCGAACUUGAGCGGUAUGGUAAGAGGUACCAAACGAUGGCCUAUGUUUUACUUGCGCAUCGACGUUAAAAAGUCUUGGGAUAUCUUUCCAAACGAUGAGCUGGUAGUCGAGUCAGACCGCACUUUACAACAUAUUACCGAGGUCCUGCACGCUAUGUUCUCUCAGUUCUUGCAGCAACAUCACUAUCGUCCUCGAAAGAGAAGAAGAGUCUUAAAAGAAGCACCAUCGAAACCUCGUCCUCAUGAUGCCGCUGCCUCAUCUUUGAGUGGCACUGAUAAGCGAACUGGAGACACCAGUCCUAUAACCUCUGUCAGAGGUGUGCCUGCGACGGCUUCCAGGGAAGCUUUCGAUAGCGGUGUCAAGAUACCUGCCCCAUUCAGGAAACAAUGCUCGCAUUACUUCAACAAUUUUACCAGCUGGUCUAGGGUCAAAACUGGGGACAACAAGACCAUCAAUGAUUUGUUGUCAUGUCAGCCGAAAGAGCAUAGCUACCGAAGAACUACUGGAUCUCCUUUGGAUGUUGAGUUCUUUGACAUUCCGUCUCGGUUUGAGGAAAAGCCCCUGGAUGAAGCGAUUCAAACUCUGCACUCGAGACAGGAAACGACAGAUGGACUUAUCCGAUGGGUUGACCCUAGUACUAACGGCGUAGUACUUGUUAACUCACGAACGGGGCAGUGUCCAGCCAGGCAUCCUGAGAGCGACAGACCAAAUACGACAAUUGGCUUUGUUCGGCCUCGCUCGACUGACUCUUUGAUGAGUAGAUACAGCAGAGAAUGCAUUGAACGCCCACAAUCUGCACCAGCUCGAAGUGAAUCUGUCUGGUACGAAAACCUGAUUGAUAAUUGGGCUAACCCUGUUUUCUCGCGGCUUGAAAAGCCAAUCAUGUCAAUCGCGGCUGACACUGCUUUUGGCGACUAUUCUACUCGCAAUGACAUACAAGGAUGUCACCAUCACAGCUGGGGCCUAGCGGAUAUGACAGAAGCCAUCAAUAAAAACAGCGGCAGGCUUUCUCGGAAAGGUCUUGCUAAAGCAGGAGUCAUUGCGCAAGUCGACCGCAAAUUCAUCCUCGUAAAAAUGGCGACGGCUCAAGAACACCGCCGUGAAGAUGGCAAAGCUGACAAGAUUUUGGUUCUUGUCGAUCAACAUGCGGCGGAUGAGCGAUGUCGUUUGGAAAAUUUGCUAUCCGAUAUGUUCACGGUAGAUGGAAUAACUGCAAAUGUUUCCAUUCGCGUGCAUACACUACCAACGCCUAUACAAUAUCCCAUACAAGAGAACGAGGUGACGCCCUUCCAGACGUAUUCAAAAUAUUUCUCGUCCUGGGGGUGCCACUACAAGGUAGAGCAGAUGCUCAUCGAUACAACAAAGAGACGACCCGCAAUCAUAAUCGAAGCUCUGCCACAUGUAAUUGUCGAAAGAUGCAGACUGGAACCAAAGCUAUUCAUUGACGUUUUAAGGAAGGAAACAUGGAGCAGAGCAGGCGAACGAGUUCCACCACCACGACCAUCUACCACUACCAACUCUGCUCCGAAUACCAGCUCACCGAUGCAACGACCCUUCCCAUGGCUACAUUGGAUAGCAGGCUGUCCUGAAGGAAUAACAGACCUAAUAAACUCGCGAGCCUGUCGAAGCUCAAUAAUGUUUAACGACUUUUUAUCCAUGGAAGAAUGCAAAAGCCUUAUAUCUCGACUUUCGGGCUGUGUAUUUCCAUUCCAAUGUGCUCACGGUCGACCGACCAUGAUUCCGAUUGUUGCGGUUGACGACGACGACGACGGUCGUCGGCAUGCUCAUCCUCCGCAUACUUUACCUGUUAUCCCUGUUAUGUCUGAAACAGACAGCGAUUAUUCUUACUUUGAGAACCGCGACAAUCUGAAAGAGCAAAGCUUUUUUGAGGCGUUCAAGAAGUGGAAACGCAAGUAA